CUCAAAUGGAGGUUUUUCCUCCCGCUGAGGAGACUCUGAUGGCAUGACGACGGCUUCCUGAAAGAGAAAGAGAGAGACACAUAGAUAUCCUGCCCUCAGUUUCCACGGUGACGGCAUCCCUCCAUCCUCCUCCUCCAUCAUCUCUCCGUCCGCCUGCUGUCGACAUCGUCAGGAUGGGAGAUAAAGGAACAAGAGUGUUUAAGAAAGCCAGUCCCAAUGGAAAGCUCACUGUCUACCUGGGGAAGAGAGACUUCGUGGACCACGUGGAUCGGGUGGAGCCCGUCGACGGAGUGGUUCUGAUCGACCCGGAGUACCUGAAGGAGAGGAAAGUGUUUGUGACGCUGACGUGUGCGUUCCGUUAUGGUCGAGAGGAUUUGGACGUCCUUGGGUUGACGUUCCGGAAGGACCUGUUUGUGGCAAACAUCCAGGCAUUUCCUCCGAUUUCUGAAGAGAAGAAGAGUCUGACUCGUCUCCAGGAACGCCUGAUUAAAAAGCUGGGAGAACAUGCCUAUCCGUUCACAUUUGAGAUCCCUCUGAACCUGCCGUGCUCUGUCACCCUGCAGCCGGGACCAGAGGACACCGGGAAGGCCUGUGGAGUUGACUUUGAGGUGAAAGCUUUCUGUGCAGAAAAUGUUGAAGAAAAGAUCCACAAAAGGAACUCAGUGCGUCUAGUUAUCAGGAAAGUGCAGUACGCUCCAGAAAAGCCUGGUCCUCAGCCGACAGCAGAGACCACCAGACAGUUCCUGAUGUCUGACAAACCUCUGCACCUGGAGGCCUCUCUGGAUAAGGAGAUCUAUUACCACGGUGAGCCAAUCAGUGUCAACGUUCACGUCACCAACAACACUAACAAGACCGUGAAGAAGAUGAAGAUCUCAGUACGACAGUAUGCCGACAUCUGCCUGUUCAACACGGCUCAGUACAAAUGUCCAGUGGCCACCGAGGAGUCAGAUGAUGUUGUUGCUCCCAGUUCGACCUUCUGCAAAGUUUUCACCCUCACUCCGUUUCUGGCCAACAAUCGAGAGAAACGAGGCCUCGCCCUGGACGGGAAACUGAAACACGAGGACACCAACCUGGCCUCCAGCACACUGUUAAGAGAUGGAGCCAAUAAGGAGAUUCUUGGGAUCAUUGUGUCCUACAAAGUCAAAGUGAAGCUGGUUGUGUCUCGUGGCGGGCUCCUUGGAGAUCUGGCAGCGAGUGACGUCUCUGUUGAGCUGCCCUUCACAUUAAUGCACCCGAAGCCUUUAGAAGAAUCCAUCUACAGAGAAGCUGCAGAUGAAGCUCCGGUCGACACAAACCUGAUCGAGUUUGACACAAACGAUGAUGACAUCAUCUUUGAAGACUUUGCCCGCCAGCGGCUGAUUGGGGCGAAAGAUGAUAAGGAUGAAGAUGAGGAGCCGGUAGACUCGCCCAAACUCAACGACAGAUAGAGGGAAGGAGCGACUGCGACUGCGACCACUGCUGCUGUUGUUUCGCUGCUGUUUGUAGUGUGGAGCUAAUGGAGGUCACCUUUAGGUCAAACCACAGUCUGGACACCCUUUAAACACUCAGUGGUGCCGUGUUUGUGUGCUCGUUCAUGUUUGUCGUCUCUCUGAGUCCUGCUGAGGUGUAAAAAGCUAGAAUACUGCAGCCUAGACAUCAGUAGUGUUCAGCUGGAGCGGCUCUUUACUCCAGGGGGAAUCGCCUGGAACACUGACCCGGCAUCCGCAGCUCCUAACGACAACUGGUAGCAUGCCUCUAAUGUCUCUUUGUUCUAAGUGUUUCCAUUAGGGACCAAACAGAUGUAAAGUUGUGUUGAGAUUAGUUUUAAAGUCACGUAUCAGAGGGUCUUCUUUAGAAACGACACUGCCAACUUUGGUUCAGCACUGGAGCCAAACUUCAGCUGACGGAGGAUUUUGCUGGGUAACCAUCCGUAAUCGUUCUGUCGCUAAAGCCGCAGAGCAAAUAGGAAACGGCACUGAAGGGAUCUGCUGGGUCUCCCGACCCGCCAAGAGGACUUUAAACUGUCAGAGAAAGCCGCCAAUCAUUUAAGAGCAGCCGGUGGUCUAGUUUGCAUGAAUAAAUACUUCAUAUGAUUUAUUAAUAUCGUGAAUAAUCAAACUUUAUGAAAGAUGAGGCCUGGUUUUAAAGUGGCAUACAGUUUCACAUUCACAUUUUCAUGUUGAUCAUUUUCCAAAUCAUCAUCAUCAGCAUGUAGAAUGAUUUUCUUCCAUUCAGGCAGUCGCCGGUCACUCAGUCACUUCAUUUCUAUUAAAAUGCUUUACAUGUUCUCUCAAUAUAAAUUUUAAAAUGUUUUCCUCUGAAAUGAUGAGUCAUCUGACAGAAAUUUAAACAGCGACAGUUUUAACGGUGGGUUAAACGUCAUAAAGCAAAACUACAAAGUGAAGAAUUAAAUAAAUUUAGCUGCAAAGUCUAAAAAUUUAAUCUUUGCUGCUUUUAAAGCUGUUAGACUGUAAUCUGAAACCCAAACAAUUAAAAACAUUUGGACUCUUUUUCAUUUUAAUUUUGUUUCUGUUUUUGAAAUUCUGACAUAAAACGUCCUGCUUUAAAUCCAUUUACGAUAAUUACUGUGAUGCUGCACACAUUUCAAAUUUGAACAAGUGAUUUCACUGAAAUGAUAUUUUAUGUUUUCUAAAUAAUUGAUUUGUCAGAGUAAAAUAUAUUUUUUAAAAACUGUCUACAAAACUGUGCUGUGUUGGUACCAAAAUAUCUGAAACAUUUCAUCAGCCAACAUAAAACAAGACACUUAAAAAUCAAUCAGUCAAUAAAAAUCUCUUCUCCGGAUACUGAAUCCAAAUGACUCGCAUCAUCGUUUGUUUACCUUAAAAUAUGAAAAAAAAAUAAUAAAGAGUUAAUGCUGAAAAUAAAUACAAUGAAAGCCGUUUGAAACUGAACUGUUCACAGAAUAAAAUCUGAUCGUGUACAGUUGGGGUGGGGGUCAUCGCACAGGCCCAGAGACUAGUCUGUGACCUCACUGAUCAAGUUAUACAUUCCUCGACCAGACUGUGAGGUUUGCUGGAGUAAAUCCGGGUGAAAUCAGUUCAGAAAGAUUGAUGUAUUACUGCAUCAGAGAGCUCCUUGCGAUUGCCUCGGUCACCUGUAGUCUGCAGAUGAGACGCCAACCUGUCUCCAAACAAGGAAACAAUACCCUCCUUGAUAUUGUUUUCAACAUAGCAAAGGCCACCAACCACUCACAACUGGCUGGUGUGUAGUGACCCGAGGUUGCCAGGGGGUCGCUGACCAGUCUCUGGGUCUGUGGGUCUGACGCCUCAAGCGCUCCAUCAGGUAAUCCCUGCCUGAUGGCAGAUUUGACAAAAAUCAGGUAAAAUAUUGUCGUGUUGAAGAAAGAAAGUCAAUAUGAAAAUUCACACACAGAUAUUCAUAGAUCAGGAGGGAUGUGAUGUAAAUAGGAGGGCGUGGGGAGGUUGUCCCGUUAAUGAAUAGAACAGAAUAAAGUUUUGAUGAUUCGAAGUAAAACCGUGACAGUCUCAAACAUCCCGUCUCACACGUCACAUGUUAACAAUCAUUGUGCAGAAGUUGUUGAUGUUAAUCAUUAGUCCUGUUUGUGUGUGAGUGUGUGUGUGUUAGUGGAGGGAAGACGUGUCACUGCUUACUUAAAAGUCUGAAUGAAACCAAGUAUUUUAUUUUUCAUUGUAAUGUGAAGUCACAGGCUAAAGAAAAAAAAAGCCAAAAUAUGUGUUAUUUCUAUUAUUAUUAUUAUUCCAGUUACCUUUCAUUUUGACUGGGUGAGAGGGAAGCUUGUAUA